CUCAUGAACGAGUCGUGUACCCGGGAUACACAAUAUAAUAUUAUAUAAAUAUGGCUGUCGUAUGAAGUUCAGCUCGCAUAAGUACCACGCAUGUGUAACCUAUAUGUAUCAAUACGAUUUAAUAGUAUAAAGAAGUGUUUGGAAUUAAUUGUCGGAGAGUUCUUCACUGAUGGACCGAGAACAUUUUUUAAGUAUCAGAAGAAUGAAGAUGAAUUUUCAUCACGCGACGUUGAUCUUCUUAUUGGUCUGCUGCUGUGGCGUAGUCGAUCGUACCGUUCAGGCAAAUAUCAUUAGCGGGCGCUACUACGGUCCUCAUCACCAUCGAAUAGACAGAGGUUGCUUAUACGGCACCGCAGGCGCUUAUCACCAAGGACGUCAACAGUAUCGGAAUAUUGGCCUGAUUGGUAAUGGCAUCGGCGGCUCUCUUCCAUCACUUACGCAGUUGCCCGCUGCUUCGGCUUCAAUCGCAACGACCGCCACCGUAGCGAUGCCCCGAUACAAUUAUAACCGUGGUCUCCUCCCUUAUAAAAACGUCAUAAUCCCGAUGUCUCCGUAUUACUGGUCGCCAAUAAAAUCCAAACUGCUACACCGCAAUAACGAACAUUACCGCGAUUGCGGAAGUGUCUCGGCCAUCGGAAGGCAGAAACAGCAGCUAUUCGGCGGAUUGGUCCCGAAGAAAAUACGAAAGGUCGUCAUCGAUGGGCCUGGCGGACACGUAUUUCAGUCGUUUAUCAGACCUAAUACUCAUUAUGGUACGACGGAAUUUACUGUUAAGCGUUGACGAAUGACGGCUUUUUGAAUCCGUUCGGAUCCGAAUUUACCACUGAUUCCUAAAAAAAUACCAUCGUCUGCCUCUCACCAGGAUGAUUUUGGAUGAUUUUAUUUUAUAUAAAUAAAAUAGUUGCAUUAAUUAUUUAA